AUGUCAUCGGCUUCUAUGUUUACUAGCUCUUCUCGCGUUCAUGACCCUUCGAACGCAAAGGUUCGUAUAGGUGUGUUGGCCCUGCAGGGAGCUUUCAUUGAACAUAUUAAUAUCCUGAACUCCUUUGACGAUGUCUUCUCAUUUCCCGUAAAGACUGCUGCCGAUUGUGAAAACAUCGAUGGCCUAGUCCUGCCAGGCGGUGAGUCUACUACCAUGGGCAAACUCAUUACCAUUGACCCUGAUCUCCGGGAAAAAUUAGAAAGCUUGGUAGUCAAGGGGGUUCCUAUGUGGGGCACUUGUGCUGGUGGAAAGUUUCCCGACCCAUACUUGUUGCGAGCAAUGGAUAUUGAUGUAACUAGAAAUUACUUUGGUCCUCAAACCAUGUCGUUUACUACCGCUAUUCGACCCACCGAUCUUAUGAGAUUUCAUAAUACGAAACGUCUGGAAGCCUUUGAUGCAACCUUUAUCCGAGCUCCGAUUGCUUCGUCUAUCAAUUCUGAGGAUGUUCAUGUUUUGGGAACCAUUGUUCAUGAGGAGAAAGAGGUGGUUGUAGCUGUUGAACAGGGUCCAUUUUUGGGAACUUCGUUUCAUCCCGAAUUGACUAUGGACGAUAGUUGGCACAAGUGGUGGGUCAACGAACGUGUAAUUCCUAUGAAAAACACUGAAGCUUAA